AUGCAGUGUCCACCACGCAGUCACUACGAGAGCUGCACUAGCGCCUGCCCAGCCACUUGCACUGAUCCUAACGCGCUGUUGUUUUGCAACGAGCCGUGCGUGGAGGGCUGCAAGUGUGACAGGGGUUACCUCCUGAGCGGAGGGGUGUGUGUGACCUCCGCUGAGUGUGGCUGCUCCUUCCAAGGUCGUUACUACAGCAAAGGUGAGCGUGUCAUCCUGACUGAGAGCUGCAGUCAGAAAUGUAGCUGCCUCAACGCCAGUGUUGGCAUGAGCUGUUCCGCUUUCAGCUGUGGGCACCAUGAAGAUUGUCGCCUGGUGAACGGGGUACGGGACUGUUACCCCAGAGCACGUGGCACCUGCCUGGCCUCCGGUGACUCCCAUUACACCAGCUUUGACGGCAAGAGGUUUGAUUUCCAAGGCUCUUGUAAAUACACCUUGAGUAAAUGGUGUGGAGAGGCUGGGAACCUGACCACAUUCAGUAUUGAUGUGGAGAAUGAUCAUCGCGGAUCCCAGGCUGUGUCCUGGACACGUCUGGUCGAAGUUCAGGUGUAUGGCCAUCGGAUCCAGGUGUCGAGGGGUCAAACGGGCAGCGUGCAGGUAAACACGCGGACAAUGUGA